CUCCUUUCUUCCUCGCUCUUACAAGGGAAAUCUCCUAACCCUAACCUCUAGCGUUUGCAUCUGAAAUCUUUGUAUUUUCUUUUCGCCUUCCAAUUUGUUUGAAGUCUUGGGUUAAGAUUUCAGUGGCGCGUGGGGUACACGCCCUGCCUGAUUCAUGAUUUCUAGUACAUCCGAAUUGGGAAGUCCACGCCGGAGACCAGCCGGAUUUCUACCGGACUCUUCAUGGCGUCUGCAGUAUUAGCUAAUCGUAACGAACAGAAUUGGACGCAGCCACAGCCGAGAGGCGGUGCUAAAUUCAUGGGCAAAGUCCCUUACUCUAACCCUAACCCUAAAUUGUCCAAAAAAAGGCAAUUCCAAGCGGCUCAGCCUGUCAUCAACUUCAAUGGGCCACCAGCCUUAACGCAACCAGCAGCAUCAGACGAUGCGUCUUCAAUAAACAGGAGGCCGGCGAGUGAUUUCAACGGUGUUGGAUAUGUGACGUUAAAUAUCGCGUCGUAUUCGAAGAAAGAACUGGUGGAGCUGAAGAGGCGUUUGAUUGAGGAGCUAGAACAGAUCCGGCAGUUGAAGAAUCGAAUCGAUUCCUCUGAGUUCCAGGUCAGAUCUACCUCCAAUUUCCACAACAAGAAACCAAUUGCAACGACCAACAGCAACAAGAAACUUUUGGGGAACAAGAGGCCAUUUCCAGCAGCGAAUUUUGGAUUUGGGGCCAAAGACAUGAAGCGAUCGAUUCAUCCGGAGGACGGCCAAUUGAUGAAGAAAUGUGCCCAGAUUUUGACGAAAUUGAUGAAACACAAGCAUGCGUAUAUAUUUAAUGUGCCGGUGGAUGUUGAGGGUAUGAAGCUCCAUGAUUAUUUUGAUAUAAUCAAGAAUCCUAUGGAUUUGGGUACCGUCAAAUCGAAAUUGGGGAAAGUUUUGUACGAUUCUCCCAUGGAUUUUGCUGCUGAUGUGAGAUUGACCUUCAACAAUGCCAUGAAGUAUAACCCUAAAGGUCACGAGGUGUAUAAUCUUGCCGAGCAGCUUCUGUCCAGAUUUGAGGAAUGGUACCGACCCAUUAGAGAAAAGAUUGGAGAGGAUGAUCAGGAUCAGGUGGAUGAGCAUGAGCAAGUUCAAGAAGUGCAAGCUAGUUCUUGGGAUCACGUACCCAAUCGUUGUGAAAUUGAUAGAGUAAAGAAAGAUCAGGAAAAUAUAACACAUGCGCCUAAAUCUGAUCCAAUUGGGAAAUCAAUGCCACCAAUUGGGUCGAACGCUCAAUCGACAUCGCAGUUGCCUGUACGAACUCCUUCCCCAAUGCGAGCGCCUCCAGUGAAGCCCGUUAAGCUACCUAAGCCCAAGGCCAAAGAUCCUAACAAGAGGGAGAUGUCUCUUGAGGAGAAGCACAAAUUGGGGAUUGGGCUACAGAGUUUGCCUCAAGAGAAGAUGGAGCAAGUGGUUCAGAUAAUAAGGAAGAGGAAUGGACAUUUGAGGCAGGAGGGAGAUGAAAUUGAGCUAGACAUUGAAGCUGUUGAUACGGAGACUCUAUGGGAGCUCGAUCGGUUUGUGACCAAUUAUAAGAAGAUGGUUAGCAAGAUAAAGCGUCAAGCGUUAAUGGGUAUCAACAAUGUGUCUGCUGCUGCUAGCGAAGGCAAUAAGGGGGCACUUGGAAAUGAGAGGAUGGAUGUUGCAACUGAGGCAAAGAAGCCAAAGAAAGGUGAUGCAGGUGAUGAGGAUGUGGAUAUUGGCGAUGAGAUGCCAAUGAGCAGUUUCCCUCCUGUGGAGAUUGAGAAGGACAAUGGCCAUGCAAGUAGUAGUUCUAGCAGCUCGAGUAGCUCCAGUGAUGAAUCUUCCUCAUCCAGUGAUUCUGAUUCAGGAAGCUCGUCAGGGAGUGAUUCUGAGGAUGCACAUUCGUAAAGACUGAGACAAAUGUAUGUUUGUAGAAUGGAUUCUUGAGGUCCUUUUUGUCGUUGAUCUGGAAAGCAAUAUCUUGAAAUGUGGCAAAUAGCCUGUUGAGGCUUGAAAAAAUGAUCUUGUACAGGGAGGGUUCUCGAUUCUGUUGUUUGUUGGUUGCAAUGUGGAAGAUGUGAUGGAAGAUUGGUGCUAGGGUUUACAUUUGCUGGAGGCUACAACUUGGAAGUAAUUGAUUUUGUGUAAAAAGGCUGAUCAAAUUUGUAGGUUAGAGGGUAAGAGACGCGGUGAAAAGGUUUAAGGAAAUGGUUAGGGCUUCAGAAGAAGAGGUAAAUUAGUGAAUGAAUUGACUCUGUACACAUUAGAAUGCUUAAUACAAGCGUUUUAGCUUCAACGAGCAUUGCCUUUUAAUUGGGUGUGAAUGGUUAUAAAGAAGUGCCAAAGAAAAAAAAAAUUGAACAAGAGGUGUGUGGCAAAGGAACAUUCUUGCCUUGACGCAACAGAUUUGGCCUUGGAAAAUAUGAAUAUAUUUAAAUGAAGAAAUGUGUUAGUGGUGGGCAAAGGAAACCCCAAUUCUGAUUAGCCUUAAUACCCUUCAUGCGAGGGGGAUGCGGCUGUGAAAGUGAGGCUUGAUAUUUGGGUUGGAAUUGGAAAAACAGGACAUGCUCUUGUGCCUGUGGCAAUUGGUGCAGAUUGAAGCUGGUUUGCCGCAUUGCUCAUCGAUAUUGGGAGAUCAAAACGACGCCUACAUUCCAAGAUCAUAAUUACUUUGCUUCAGCGUGAUGCCGUAGGAUUUUCCUUUUCUUUUCUUUUCUUUUCGUUUUGUACACCAUGUUAUACUUUUGUAUGUACAGAACCCUUUUGCCCAUUUUUUCUUCUUUAAAAAAGAGAUUAAAUAUGUAUUUAUUUUGAUUUUUUUUCA